ACAGAAAAAAAUCUUAUACAAUUACAUAGCUGCUUCCUUUUCUGGUAAUUUACUACCACCAUAAUAAUUUAAUUCAAAUUGGGCCUCUACCCAAAAGGUCCAAUCUGUGGAGGGGUAAUCCAACAUGACUUGCAUUUAUAUUAUAUGAACCUAACCUUCAAAGUUUGACCCAAGAAUGGAAUAAGUAGCUAGGAAAAGCAUCAACGUAGGAGGCAUAAAAUGCUGUCUGCUGUGCUGAUAAGAAAGAAGAAUGAACAUGAUGUUCAUUGGACACUGGCCACCCAUGGCAUCUCUUCUGCGUUCUGAUGAGGUUCUUGACGACACAUCCAAUCAAUAUUCUCAAAUCCCACUGUUCAAUUUCCAUCUACAAGCACAAAUUCUUGACCAAUUCUAAUCUCAGACAAUGACAAGCUAAACUAAGUAACUACAUAGAAGCCUGAACUUAAAAAGCCUACUUUCCCUGAAGCAUCUUACCUAGCACAAGCAUCACAGGGACCAUUAUAUAUAUACAUCUUCUGGUAAUUUACAUGCAUGUAUAUAGAUGAGCACAAAAAACAGGAAUCUGCUUCACAGGUAUCUAAUGCUUGUCCUGCUUAUGGUGCUUGACUUGAUCACCUCAAUCCCUCUUUCUCACGCCACUACACCCUAUGCUCCGUGCUGGUGCUUCCAUGGAAGAAAAGUAAAACAAAGCCAGAGAAAGACGAAGCUUUGAGUAGAAAGCAAGCAAACACAACAAAAGGGGCAUAAUAUAAACCAGAACUUUAAUCUUUUUCAAUGGCUAAGCAAGCAUCUAUACCCACACGGAAUGAGCUUACAAAAGACAUUGCUCAAAAUGAACCGAACUGCUUCACAUAAAUUGGCCUUUUUCCGGUUUUGUGUCUCUCUCUUUUAUUUUAUUUUAUUCAUUCUCUUCAGGCGUGCAUCUUGAAGCAAAGGAUGACCGUCCAGAGAAUUACUUAACUUCCAUGGCUCCAAUUGCUCUUCAUUCCUUCUUUCUGGGCAGUUCUAGGGCUCUUCCAACUCCGCAAUAUCUGUUAUAAAACCCCACCAUUGUACUCCGUUGUUCUGGUCUUUCAGUGCUGUGGUGAAAAACCAAAGCUUUAAUUUAAUUACAAGUCUCAUACAGCAGCACAGUACGUUGCAUUAUUGAGGUGUGAGCAGUAACUGAAAGAAGCAGAGGUCACUUAGAAAUGAGAAGUGGCCUUUUUCUCCUCUAUCUGACUCUAUCAUUUAUUUCUCUCAUUCAUUGCGAUGCAGAGAGUUCAAUGAGAGAAUCAAAAGGUCAAAAACAUGGGAGAAUUUUGGCACACAAGCAUGCGAAGAAGUUGAGGAUGGCUUUCAAGCAUUUUGAAUUGUCUUCUUUAGAAUUUUCAAAUGCACAAAGUGUUGACUCAUCAUCUCCUUUGCCGCCUUAUGAAUCUCUGGCUCCUAUUCCUUUACAACAAAAUAGCCCUCCUUUUAGUUAUCCUCCCCCACCUCCAAUGGGCCUCCAAUUACCGCCUCCAGGCCCAACUGGAUCUCUUCCCACACCAACACCACAAAGUAUCCCAAACCCUCCUGACAUGGGUUCGCCCUUACAAAAUCCUCCAAUUAUCAUCCCCAGCCCACCAGGUAACAUUCCAGGCUCACCUGGGUCUACAACAAGCCCACCAAGUACCAUCCCGUCCCCAAGUGGAGGCACUGGGCCUAACUCACCUGAACCAAUACAAAAUCCUCCUAUUGUUCUUCCAAGCCCACCUGGCUCUAUGACAAGCCCACCAAGCACUAUCCCAUCUCCAAGUGGAGGUAUUGGGCCAGGCUCACCUGAACCGAUACAAAAUCCACCAAGUACUCGCACGCCUCCAAAUGAAGGUUCUACUCCUGGCUCCCCAGAACCAAUACAAAACCCUCCUAUUGUUCUUCCAAGCCCACCUGGAUCAGCCACAAGCCCACCAGGCACAAAUCCAUCUCCUAGUGGAGGCAAUGUGCCCAGCCCAACAGUGUUUGAGCCUCCUGUAGUAUUUCCACCACCUUCUGUGCCUCCCCCUCCUGGCCGCAAGGCCCCAAGUGGAGCCUUAUGGUGCGUGGCUAAGCCAUCAGUUCCGGACCCAAUACUGCAAGAAGCCAUGAACUAUGCUUGCGGGUUAGGAGGAGAUUGUGAUCCCAUUCGGCCCAAUGGGCCUUGCUUUGAGCCCGACACUGUUAUUGCACACACUUCAUUUGCUUUCAAUGGCUACUGGCAAAAUUCCAAGGCUUCUGGUGGGACCUGUGACUUUGGAGGGACUGGCAUGCUGGUGUCAGAGGACCCAAGCUAUGAUGGAUGCCACUUUGUCUAUAGUUAGUUAAAGAGAGCUUCCUUGAGCAACUUUUGGACCCAACAGCGAUACAAGAUGCAACGCACAUCAGUUUCUUUUCUUUAUCUUCAUUUUUGUUUCCCUCAGGAAAAUAAGAUAUGUAGAAUCGUGGGUUAAUGUCAUGAUUAAUUAAUUUGUUGCC